CGAUGUGGGAGCCGGCCCUCCGCCAGUCGAUCGCCGGCGCCGGCGGCUGUGACUGCGACGAGCGGUCCUUCUCCGGAAAGGACGGUGUGGAGGACAGCGCCACGUUCGUCCGCUCCGGCAGGUCGGACCCACUGGGCUCCCGCACGGGCGGACGGUGGAUGGGGAGCGAGAAGUCGAACGGCAAAAGAGCCGGAACGUUUACGGCUUUCCAUCGCCUCAGAGUCAGAACGCGCCGCGCGCGAGCAGCGAGGCAAACAGGCAGACACCAUGAACUACGUGGGCCAGCUGGCGGGCCAGGUGCUGGUGACGGUGCGAGAGCUGUACAAGGGGAUCAACCAGGCCACCUUGUCGGGAUGCAUUGAUGUUGUGGUGGUGCGCCAGCGAGACGGCUCCUUCCAGUGUUCCCCCUUCCAUGUGCGCUUUGGCAAGCUGGGGGUGCUGCGCUCCAAGGAGAAAGUAAUCGACAUAGAGAUCAAUGGCGAGCCAGUGGAUCUGCACAUGAAACUGGGUGAUAAUGGAGAAGCCUUCUUUGUCCAGGAGGCUCACCAGCAGGAUGAGAUUGUUCCGGCUCACCUGGCCACCUCCCCCAUCCCCACAGAGGAGCCUGCAUUCUGGCCUGGGUCAGCAGCACCUGGUUCCACGCAGCCUGCCAAGAAGAAAAAAAGACGAAAGAGGAAGCACAAAGGAGACCCUCGCAAAGAGGAGCAGGCAUCCAUGGGUGGUGGAGUAGAGGAAAUUUUCGAGAUGGACCUCAGCUCUGACGAGGAGCCUGCGGCACAUGUGUCCAGGGCAUCAUCUUACUCUGCUGGGAAGGAGGUGGAACACAAGCCCCAUGUGGCCCUGCACUCUCACGACAGCUAUCCGCUCUCGGACGGUGACUGGUCCCCCUCUGACAGCCAAUUGAUGCCGGAGCCUCUCUCCCCCAAGAGUGACUCAGAGCUGGUGCUGAAGCCCUCCGACAACCUACUGAGGGCUGAGUCUCACAUGCAGUGGACAUGGGGCGAGUUCCCAGAAUCCAUGAGGGUCACCAAGAAGGAGCGGGCAGAGUUGCCAAAGACUGCAACCAUCACACCAUCAGAGAGCACACACUUCCGGGUUAUUCUAAGCUCUGAGGCCAUGGGGUUGGGGCCACGGCCGGCACCAGCUUGCGCCAUUGUCAAACCAGAGCCCCGUACUCCGGCACCUGUGUCCACGCCCACAGCCACACCUACCUUAACAUCCAGCCUGGCGAUCUCUACACCCACCAGCCCCAGUUCUGCUUCUGUUGCUGCUGCCCAGAUGGCUGGGGAGAUGGGCCACGUCUGUGGGGUGGUGAAGCCCUGCCCCCAAACUGACUCACCCUCCAAGAAGAAAGGUGUUCGUAAGAGAAGCCAGCACCAAGGCCCUGAAGAUAUCUACCUGGAUGAUCUGAAUGUGCUUGAACCUCAUGUGGCUGCACGCUACUUUCCCAAGAGCGAUUCGGACUCUGCCUCCAAGCCCUGGACAGAGGGUGGGUCACGCUCCGGCUCCCAGUCCCCGCAGUCAGUGGGCAGUGCGGCAGCCGAUAGUGGGACGGAAUGCCUGUCGGACUCGGCUGGCGACCUGCCUGAUGUCACCUUGUCCCUGUGCGGAGGACUCAGUGAGACCUCCCACAUCUCCAAAGAGAGAUUCAUGGAACACAUCAUUACAUAUCACGAAUUUGCAGAAAACCCAGCAAUUAUUGAGAAUCCCAAUUUGGUUAUAAGAAUUGCAAACAGAUAUUACAACUGGACCCUGGCAGCACCACUGAUACUGAGUCUGCAGGCAUUUCAGAAGAGUUUGCCUAAGAGCACGGAAGAAGCAUGGGUCAAAGAGAGGAUGCCCAAGAAGUCAGGCCGCUGGUGGUUCUGGCCCAAGAGAGUGGACAGGACUGCCAAGCAGUCAGAGCUCAAGCUGGAGACGGAAUCAGAGUCCCAAAACGAAGAGCGGCCGGGCCUCAAUCAGGAGAACCCCGCCCUGCAACAGAAAGCUGAGGACUCAUCGAGCGAGGAAGAGUCCCAGGAAGUGAAGGCAGCCGCCCUAUCAGAGCGACAUCAGACAGAAGGCCUCGGCCCGGUUCCAAUCCCCCCACCGCUCCCAACUCCAACUAGCACCCACUCGUACAAGAAAUCUCUGCGUCUCUCCUCUGAGCAGAUUGCCAGCCUGAAGCUGAAGGAGGGGCCGAACAAUGUCACCUUCAGCAUCACGACUCAGUACCAGGGCACGUGUCGCUGCGAGGGGACCAUCUACCUGUGGAAUUGGGACGACAAGGUCAUCAUCUCCGAUAUCGAUGGGACCAUCACCAAGUCUGAUGUUUUUGGGCAGAUCCUUCCCCAGCUUGGCAAGGACUGGACUCACCAAGGCAUUGCGAAGCUGUACCACGCUGUACAUGAGAAUGGGUACAAGUUCCUAUACUGCUCUGCACGUGCCAUCGGCAUGGCGGACAUGACAAGGGGCUACCUGCACUGGGUGAAUGAUCGGGGAACCAUCUUGCCCCGGGGACCCCUCAUGCUGUCUCCCAGCAGCCUCUUCUCAGCCAUCCACAGGGAGGUCAUCGAGAAGAAGCCAGAGAAGUUCAAGAUCGAAUGCCUCACUGACAUUAAGAACCUGUUCCACCCAAAUAAGCAGCCGUUCUAUGCUGCAUUUGGAAACCGACCCAAUGAUGUGUUUGCCUACAAACAAGUGGGUGUCCCCGACUGCAGGAUCUUUACGGUGAACCCCAAGGGCGAGCUGAUCCAGGAGCAGACGAGAGGAAACAAGUCUUCGUACAGCCACCUUAGCGAGCUGGUGGAGCACGUCUUCCCGCUGCUGAGCACGGAGCAGAGCUCAGCCUUCAUCUUCCCCGAGUUCAGCUCCUUCUGCUUCUGGAGGCAACCCAUCCCAGAGGUGGCCCUCGAGGAUCUCCUCUGAAAGGGAUUGCAGUAUGGCUCGCUCCCCC